UGAGGGGUCCCUGCGCCUCCCGCCGCUGCCCCGGCCGUACCCGCGGAGAGCCCGCGCCCGGCCGGGAUGGCCGCGGUUUCCUCAGGGAUGGUGUAGCGGCUGCUCCCGCCGGGCCCAGCACUUCCUGCGCCGCCCUCAGCCCCGCUCAGACCGGCCAUGGCGCGGCCCGAGGCCGGUUAUGGAGCGGCGGUGCCGCCCCGCCCCGCCUGCACCUACACCAGCUGCUACUGCGAAGAAAACGUUUGGAAGCUUUGUGACUACAUCAGGAGUCAGGAUCGGUACCCUUUAGAAGAAUUUUACGCUGUUUUCAUAUCCAACGAUAAGAGGAUGAUUCCACUCUGGAAGCAGAAAUCUGGACAUGGAGAUGAGCCUGUUGUCUGGGACUACCAUGUUAUUCUACUUCAUCUCUGCAGCGGGGAGCAGAACUUCAUUUAUGAUCUGGACACAGUGUUGCCCUUUCCCUGUCCUUUCCAUGUGUACAGUGCGGAGGCCUUCAGGUUGGAUGACAGCCUUCGGCCGGAGUUCCACAGGAAAAUCAGAAUGGUUCGAGCAGAUUUGUACUUGAAGACAUUUGCUUCGGACAGAUCUCACAUGAAGGAUGCAAAUGGGAAAUGGCAGAAGCCUCCUCCUCCAUAUCCUUGCAUUGAAACUGCAGAUUCCAAGAUGAACUUGGAUGAUUUCAUCAGUAUGAAUCCUGAAGUGGGAUGGGGCUCAGUGUUCUCCCUUUCAGACUUUGUGCAUCGAUUUGGCAGUCAGACUGAUUACAGCUAUGCCUUGGAAGGACAGUGAAGUGAGCAGAGUUCCUCUGGUUCUCAGUGGAUGUGUUUUGUUUUGCUGCUCUUACAUUGUAUUUAUGGUUUACAUUUCUGUACGUGCAAUAGGUAUUUGGAAAAAUAGAACACCCAGACAGAAAUAUCAUGAACUGAAUAAAAAUCUUUAUUUUGAUUA